UGGCUGUUCUACAAUUCAUUGGCUUAGCCUUUUGUAAAAAAGAUGGAUUCCUUUGCUGCCAACUCCAAGAAAUCAUUCCACAUCCGUUCAAACAGUUUGCCCUCAAAGCCACAUCCAGUUGUGGAUGAAGUUAACGAACAUCUCUGUAGAUUGAAGGCCUCUGAAACCACUUCAUCUUCUUCUUUGUGCCAAAAACUUGAUGGUCUUCAGGAUUUACAUGAUUGCAUUGAUAAGUUGCUUGUUUUGCCGCUCACCCAUCAAGCUCUUGUUGACAACCAAUCAGUCAAUGACUUGCUAGAAGGAUCUCUCAAGGUCUUGGACGUGUGUGCUUUGGCUAAGGAUGUUUUAUCACAAAUGAAAGAAUCUGUACAUGAGCUCGAGUCGACUUUACGUAGAAGACGAGGAGACGACAUCGUCGGUGACGUUCAGAAAUAUUUGAACUCAAGGAAGAUGAUAAAGAAGACAAUCCACAAGGUCUUGAAGGGAAUGGAGAGGCCAAGUUCCCAAAAAAGUGAUGAAAGUUUAGAAAUUGUUAGCUUGUUAAAAGAGGCAGAAGCUGUCACAUGUAACAGCCUUGAAUCCUUGCUAUCAUUUGUAGCAGGACCAAAGGUGCCAUCAAAGAUGAGCAGAUGGUCUUUGGUCUCCAAGUUGGUUCAACCCAAGAAAGUGGCUACCAAAGAUGAAGACUCAAAUGGAAAUGAAGUACAAAUGGUGGAUGCUGCAUUGUAUUCAAUCACCACUCACAAAUCUGGUUUCCUUGUGCAAGUAGAAGAUGUGCAGAACUCACUGAAGAAAUUGGAGUUGUGUAUUCGUGACAUCGAAGAAGAUCUCGAGAGUCUAUAUCGACAUCUUAUCAAGAAUAGAGUCUCCUUUCUUAACAUCCUAAAUCACUAAGGAUGAGAGCUUAGAAAUAGUAUCAUAGUCAAAUAGAAUCCAUUUAUGGGAAAUGUAAACACCACAGUACAUAUACAAUUUAUACAAAUACAUUUCA